GCCCAUCCCGGCGGUCCUGAUAGAGGAGUGUGGGCGGUGGUUCAGCGCAACUUCCAGCAGCAGUCAGCAGCCAGCAUCCGUCACAGUGGACUCAGCAGCGGGAGACAGAGACCUGGUCCGGCCCUCACGCUACUCGUUGUCAUGGCAGCCAAAACCAAAUGGGGGGCGGUGAAGGAUCAUGUGACCGGAAGCCCCACCCAUGACCCAGACGCCCCACUGGAGGCGAAUCUGGAGAACGCAGACCCCGAACUGUGCAUCCGACUUCUGCAGGUUCCCACGGUGGUGAACUACUCUGGUCUGCGGCGGCGGUUGGAGGCCAGCGAUCAGUCCUGGAUGGUGCAGUUCCUGGAGCAGCGAGGUCUGGACUUGCUGAUGGAGGCGUUAGAGCGUCUGUCCGGUCGCGGCUGCGCUCGCAUCGCCGACGCUCUGCUGCAGCUGACCUGCGUCGGCUGCAUCAGAGCCGUCAUGAACUCGUCCGCAGGACUGCACUUCAUCCAGGACAACGAGGGCUACGUCAGGACCCUGACCCAGGCUCUGGACACAUCCAACAUCAUGGUGAAGAUGCAAGUGUUUGAACUGUUGGCGGCCCUCGCCGUGUUUGACCCUCGGGGACACCACCUGGCUUUGGACGCCUUCAACAACUACAAGAGUCUGAAGAAGCAGCAGUAUCGCUUCAGCGUGAUCAUGAACGAGCUGCACGGCAGCGACAACGUCGCCUACAUGGUGACGCUGAUGAGCGUCGUCAACGUGCUCGUGCUGGGACAGGAGGACCUGAGGAAGAGGAGCCGACUGCGGCAGGAGUUCAUCGGUCUGCAGCUGCUGGACCUGCUGCCCCGACUCAGGGAGACGGAGGACGAGGACCUAAACCUCCAGUGUGAUGUGUUUGAGGACUCUCUGACGGAGGACGAAGAGGAGACGGAGAGACUGUACGGAGGCAUUGACAUGAGCAGCCAUCAGCAGGUCUUCACCUCCCUCUUCACCAAGGUGUCCAGCAGUCCGUCCUCUGUCCAGCUGCUGUCCAUCCUUCAGGCAUUGUUGUUGGUGGAUCCGGACCGAGCUGCAGUCUGGCUGGCUCUGGAGCUGCUGGCUGACCGAAUCAUGCUGUUGGCUCAGGACCCUGACGUGGAUUCUGCCGACUGUCUGCUGGAGAGGCUCCUCCCCCAAAAGUCCCUCUCAGCCAAUCACAGGAUCCGAACCAUCGACAGGGCAGUGCAGACGCAGCUACCAGACACUUCCUCUGGCCAAUCAGAGAUGUUUAUGAAAGAUACCUUGACAGCACCAGCUUCACCAGUGUCUUCUCAAGCUCCUCCCUUACCUGAUGUUGGGGCUCCUCCACCUCCCUCCUUACCUGGUGUGGGAGCUCCACCCCCUCCCCCUCCCUUACCUGGUAUGGGAGCCCCGCCCCCUCCCUUACCUGGUAUGGGAGCCCCGCCCCCUCCUCCCCCUCCCUUACCUGGUAUGGGAGCCCCGCCCCCUCCUCCCCCUCCCUUACCUGGUAUGGGAGCCCCGCCCCCUCCUCCCCCUCCCUUACCUGGAAUGGGAGCUCCACCUUCUCCCCCUCCCUUACCUGUAAUGGGAGCUCCACCCCCUCCCCCUCCCAUACCUGGUAUGGGAGCUCCACCCCCUCCCCCUCCCUUACCUGGUAUGGGAGCUCCACCCCCUCCCCCUCCCUUACCUGGUAUGGGAGCUCCACCUCCUCCAGGUAACAUCAUUGCAGCCCAGGUAUUUCAAGGACUGGGAAGGUCAUAUUACAGCCCCCCACCGCCAACAAGCCACGCCCCCUGCCCCACCCUCCGAAUGAAGAAGCUGAACUGGCAGAAGCUCCCAUCCAGAGCCGUGACAGCUCAUCAGUCCAUAUGGACAUCAGCUUCUUCAGAUGUGCUUGAACCAGAUUACUGCAGCAUUGAGCAGCUCUUCAGUCUCCCUCCAACGGAGACCAAGACCAGGACCAAAGCCAAGACCGAGCCCAGAGAGAUGUCCUUCAUUGACGCCAAGAAGAGCCUGAACCUCAACAUCUUCCUCAAGCAGUUCAAAUGUUCCCAUGAGGACUUUGUGUCUCUGAUCCGUAGAGGAGACAGGUCCAAGUUUGAUGCAGAGGUCCUGAAACAGCUGAUCAAACUGCUGCCAGAGAAACAUGAGAUAGAGAACCUGAAGUCUCAUCAGGCAGACUGGGACAAGUUGGCAUCAGUGGACCAGUUUUACCUGCAGCUGCUGGACGUUCCCAGUUACUCUCUGAGGAUACAGUGUUUGUUGCUGUGUGAGGAGAGCAGCUGUGUGUUGGAGACUCUGAAGCCCAAAGUUGAACUGCUGGAAGGAGCCUGCCACAGUGUGAGGGAGAGCACUCGGCUGCCCAGCUUCUGUAAACUCAUCCUGAGCGUUGGAAACUUUCUGAACUAUGGGACUCACACGGGGAACGCUGAAGGGUUUAAGAUCAGCACUCUGCUCAAACUGACAGAAACCAAGGCCAACAAGUCCAGGAUCACCCUGCUGCACCACAUCCUGCAGGAGGUGGAGGAGAACCACCCCGACCUGCUGAACCUGCCGGAUGAUUUGGAGAUCUGUGAAAAGGCUGCUGGAUUGAACCUGGAGUCGAUUCAAUCUGAAGCAAACGCUCUGAUGAAACAGCUGAAAAACUCUGAGACCAAAGUUUCUUCUUCAUCUGAGGACGUGAAGGAGCAGUACCUGUCCACCAUACAGGAGAGCCUGCGGGCAUGUGAGCAGCUGCAGCAGCUGUUGUCUUUGGUGGAGGACAGGAGGACAGAUCUGUGCGUCUACCUUUGUGAAGACAGCAGCAGCUUCUCCCUCAGUGAACUCUUCGACACCAUUAAGACCUUCAGAGGACUGUUCCUCCGCGCCAUCAAGGAGAACGAGAGUCGGAGGCAGCAAGAGAAGAGGAGGAAGCAGCAGGAGGAGGAGAGGAAACACCAAGGAGGCACCAGCAGCAAGAUCGUCAGGAAGGACGUGUCUGACCGGGACAACGGCUGCAUCAUCGACAACCUGCUGGCUGAGAUCAGGAAGGGCUACAACCUAAGGAAGACCAGACCCCGAGCUAAGAGGGACAACAGAGUCCAUGAUUGUCCUGGGGUCAUACAGAGGUCAGCGGCUGUGGACGAGCCUGAUGCUUGUGCUUCCAGCCAAUCGGAGAGCCCCACAGACGCAGCAGAGACAGUCCAGGCUCCCACAGAUCCACUGGCUGAAAUGGGACCGGAACCAGGGUCAGCCGAGACUGACAGUGGCCGCACUGAGACCGAAAACCUGCCUGGACCGUCCACCUCUCCUGCUGCUGCUGCUGAAACUGAGGGAGACCAGAGCCAGACCAGAGUCCAGGGCUCUGAGGUGGACCCAGAGGACAGAGCCAGAGACCCUGCAGGACGGGAGGAGGUCCAGCUCAGACCAGACGAUCCAGGAACAGAUGAUGAUUUAGAGAAAGUAAACGUGAACGAGGAGUCAGAGUUUCAAGAGAGAACACCCGAGCGCAGCGAUGAUCCAGAUUCUGGUCCAGACAAACCAGCAAAGUCCGGAUCAGCAGGAGCAGACGUUCACCUCGGACCCAAACGCUCUCAAACUAAGAGAGAAUGUGUUUCGCACUGAGAUGAACAAAGGAGGACUCGUCUCCACGGCGACAGGACCAGAUCUUUUUUCAUGUGGAGAAACCAGGAGAGGAUCAAACGAAAACAGGAAGUCAUCAGAGACAAACUCUGCGACUGUUUUUAGAAAAGUUUUUAUUUUUCAAAGUAAAAGUUAGUUUUACGCCUGGUUGGUCAGAAAUGACAGCGGUUUACCUGAGCUGACAGGUGAGCAGGUUCACAUGAAUCACUCCAGCAGGUGAACAUUAGAAAAGCAUAGUAAAACAUUUUCAUCGGCCUUCUGACGUCGCUCAGUUCAGUCGUCAGGCUCAGCUGUGACCUGUAAACCUGAUGGUUUAAUCCAGUCUGAUGUGGAUCCUGGACUCAGACUCUGAUGAUCCAGGUUUAUGGAUUAUCAUUUACAUCAAUCAACUGAUGUAAUGAAAUAAUUCAAAAAGUCUCUGAUCAGCAGAUCGAUCUGUAAUGAAAGUCAAAAUUGAUCAGCAGAGUCUGAUGGAGAGAAGACGUGAGGACGAACGAAGGAAUCAUCGGAGGAUUCACGAAAACCUGCCCACUGCUGUUUGUGCUCAGGCCUUUCAAAUUAAAAGCCCUUCCCAUUCAGAGAAAACCGGACUGAUGAAAGACCAAUCAGAUUGUUCCUCAGGUUCUCAAAUGAUUGUGAAAGUUUCCGAAAGUUUGGUUGUUUUUCUUUAAAGCUCAGUUUGUGUUGGACACGUUUCUUUACAUCUCAUGUUCACUGCUGAUAAACCUGUUCUCCCACAAUUCCAUGCUGCUCCCUCAGCUGGAAACGUGAGAAUAAACUGAUUCAGUCUGAAGAAAAA